GAGCGAGCGAGCCCGGGAGCCCCGCGCCCCGAGCCGGGUGCAGACCCGGGCCGCCCGCGCCCCGCACCUCAGGAUGACUGGCCACCUGCAGACGAAUCUCCACUGCCAGCCGCCCGGGGGGCUCGGAGCCGAGCCAGUUCGGGGGUCGGGGCCGGGAGCCGAGUGAGGCCGCAGCCCCGCGCGGCGCGGGCGAAAAGCUUGGACCAUGUAUACAAGUCACGAAGAUGUUGGCUAUGAUUUUGAAGAUGACCCCAAGGAUAAGAAGACACUCAAGCCCCACCCGGACAUUGAUGGCGGCUGGGCUUGGAUGAUGGUCCUCUCUUCUUUCUUUGUGCACAUUCUCAUCAUGGGCUCCCAAAUGGCCCUCGGAGUCCUCAAUGUGGAGUGGCUGGAGGAAUUCCAACAGAGCCGCGGCCUGACAGCCUGGGUCAGCUCUCUGAGCAUGGGCAUCACCUUGAUCGUGGGGCCUUUCAUCGGCUUGUUCAUUAACACCUGUGGGUGUCGGCAAACCACCAUUGUCGGAGGCCUGUUGAACUCGCUGGGCUGGGUGCUGAGCGCCUAUGCAGCCAACGUGCAAUAUCUCUUCAUUACUUUCGGGGUGACCGCUGGCCUGGGCAGCGGGAUGGCCUACCUGCCCGCGGUGGUCACGGUGGGGAGGUAUUUCCAGAAGCGACGAGCGCUGGCCCAGGGCCUCAGCACCACGGGGACGGGGUUCGGCACCUUCCUGAUGACCGCCUUGCUCAAGUACCUGUGCUCGGAGUACGGGUGGCGCAACGCCAUGUUCAUCCAGGGCGCCGUGUCCUUGAACCUGUGCGUGUGCGGGGCGCUCAUGCGGCCGCUGUCCGCGGGGAAGGACGGACCCCGGCCGGGAGCCCAGGCGCCCCGGGUCCUCCCCGCGCCCUCCGCCGACUCGGUGAGGUCCGCGGAGGAGGAAGGCGGGCCCCGGGACGAGGAGGCGCCGCGUGACCUUCAGGCCCCGGAGCGCCAAGGUCCGCCGCGGCCCGGGCGGGGCCCGCGCGCCCUGCGGCUGGUGAAGGCGGCCGGCCGGCUGCCGGGGCGCAUGCGCCGGGGCUUCCGCGAGUGGCACGCGGGCUACUUCGGCGCCGCCUCGCUCUUCACCAACCACGUGUUCGUGGCCUUUGUUUUCUGGGCGCUGUUCGCCUACAGCAGCUUCGUCGUCCCCUUCAUCCACCUCCCGGAGAUAGUCAACCUCUACCACCUGUCGGCGCAGAACGACGUCUUCCCGCUGACCUCCAUCAUCGCCAUCGUGCACAUCGCCGGCAAGGUGGUGCUGGGCGCCGUGGCCGACCUGCCCGGCGUCCGCGUCUGGACCGUCUUCCUCCUGGCCAACCUCACGCUGGGCCUCAGCAUCUUCCUCCUGCCCCUGCUGCGCACCUACGCCGGCCUGGCCGUCAUCUGCGCCCUCAUCGGCUUCUCCAGCGGCUACUUCUCCCUCAUGCCCGUGGUGACCGAGGACCUGGUGGGCAUCCGACACCUGGCCAACGCCUACGGCAUCAUCAUCUGCGCCAACGGCAUCUCCGCCUUGCUGGGACCUCCGUUCGCGGGGUGGAUCUACGACAUCACCCAAAAAUACGACUUUUCCUUCUAUAUAUGUGGAUUGCUUUACAUGAUAGGAAUACUCUUUUUACUCAUCCAACCAUGUAUUCGAAUUAUAGAACAAUCCAGAAGAAAACACAUAGACAACGCACACGUGUGAGAGUCCCAUGUGCAUUUCAUCUCUGAUUUCAUUAGUUGCACGCCUACCUACCUCGUCAGGAGACUGACCGUGUGGGGUUGGUUUGUAGGAUUGGGCUGGGUCACUUUUAAGAGCCGCUGUGAUGGCUGAAGUUUAAGUGGCAGUGCUGGGCCACGUAUCACGGGCCACAUUAAGUUUUAGAGAUGACUGUGUUUAUAGCCUGUUAAAUAACUGAUACCGAUGCACUUGUGGGAACCAUUCUCUUUCAUCCUCCACUGGGACUAGGCUAGGAGCUACAAACACACAGAGAAUGGAAGCUUUCAAACCCAACA